GACGGCGAGUCGGCCGUCGCCGACGCGUUGAAGGCGUUGGACGGCAUCACGGGCCUCGGCGGCGUCAAGAGCCACGUCCGCGCGCUCGCGGCGCAGAUCGAGCUCGACGCGCGGCGCCGCAUGGCGGGCAUGCGCGGCUCUGUGCGCGGCUCGCGCAACGGCACGUGCAACCACAUGAUCUUCCACGGCAACCCGGGCACGGGCAAGACGACGGUCGCGCGCGUCGUCGCGGGCAUCCUGCGGGCCCUGGGCCAGCUCCGGCGCGGCCAUUUGGUGGAAGUCGACCGGAGCGGUCUCGUCGCCGCGUACCAGGGGCAGACGGCCAUCAAGGUCAACGAGGUCGUGUCGUCGGCCCUCGGCGGCAUGCUUUUUGUGGAUGAGGCCUACGCGCUGGUCAAGGACCCCAAGGACACGUUCGGCCGCGAGGCGCUCGACGCGCUGAUCAAGCAGAUCGAGGACCGCCGCGACGAUUUAGUGGUCGUGCUCGCGGGCUACAGCGGCGAGAUGAAGGAGCUGCUCCAGCACAACCCGGGCGUCAAGAGCCGCUUCCCGACGGUGAUCCACUUCGAGGACUACGACGCGGCCGAGCUGCUGGCCAUCGCGCGGUCGAUGCUCGAGAAGCAGGAGCUCAAGCUCUCGGCCGGCGCGGAGGCGAAGAUGGCGAAGAUCCUGGAGGGCCUCGCGGCGCGCACGGGCGUCGACAACGGCAACGGCCGCGCCGUGCGCAACCUCAUCGAGAUGGCCGCGCGGAAGCAGGCCGUCCGCAUCGCGGAGAAGCGGCACACGCUCCAGCUCGAGGACCUCCAGACGCUCGACGAGGCGGACUUUGACGUGUGA